GACUGCACGAGAAGAUCAGUCCAGCAGCAUUAAACAGGACUGGAUCCUUGGACGUCCCGGUAGCAUUAGGGUGAGCACGUAGGCUCGCAGCUCUCUGAAUGGGACGGUACAGCUGGAAGCUCUUUUUCCUCACCGGCUGCACAUCACCAACAUGCAGCCUCACUGGCCGCAGCCACCUGACACCAUACCCAACAUGCUCUCAGCACCGCACCAAUGAGAGGCUUCAAACUCGCCUGCACUGCCAGUAACUCUAACCGGAGUUCCCCUGCUUGCUCUCCAGUUCUGCGGAAGCGGUGUCGAUCUCCCAUUCUGCAGAGCAUAGAGACAGACAUCAUGGUGGAGAAAGGCUCAGACCAUUCAGACACCUCCAAGUCUCCAUCCACCCCUGAGCAGCUGGUCACACGCACGUUCUCUGGGCAGUCAACACGAAGCGGAGCCAAGAACUCCAAGAAAAGCCAGAGCUGGUACAACGUCCUCAGUCCAACAUACAAACAACGCAAUGAGGACUUCAGGAAGCUCUUCAAGCAGUUGCCAGACACAGAACGUCUCAUCGUGGACUACUCAUGUGCUCUGCAGCGGGACAUUCUACUGCAGGGGCGCCUCUACCUCUCCGAAAACUGGAUUUGUUUUUACAGCAAUAUCUUUCGAUGGGAGACGCUGCUUACAGUACGGUUGAAAGAUAUCUGCUCCAUGACGAAAGAAAAGACAGCACGUCUCAUUCCCAAUGCUAUCCAGUUGAGCACAGACACUGAGAAGCACUUUUUUACAUCGUUUGGUGCGAGGGACAGGACUUACAUGAUGAUGUUCAGACUUUGGCAGAAUGCACUGUUGGACAAGCCCCUCUGCCCUAAAGAGCUCUGGCACUUUGUACAUCAGUGUUAUGGAAAUGAGCUGGGCCUGACCAGUGACGACGAGGACUAUGUGCCCCCUGAUGAUGAUUUCAACACCAUGGGGUACUGUGAGGAGAUCCCAGCAGAAGAGAAUGAGGUCAGUAAUGAUAACUCAUCUAAGAGCAGCUGUGAGAACAAACCAGACAACAGUUCACCUCCAGCACACAAGAGAUCCAUCACCCACUCCACCAUCACCUCCACCACUCCUCCCAGCAGCACUGAUACACCACUGUCUUUUGACAUCUCUGCUGAGGAAUACACUGACUGCCUUCCCGAUAGUGAUCUGCUGCCACUCCCUCUGCUGGCUGAGGAGAGGAACUGCGAACCGGACAGCCCUCUGGAUCCUGUGCCCUCACCUGCCCUAGACUUCAACGACAAUGAGGAUAUACCCACUGACAUCAGUGAUUCCUCAGAAACACAUGAUGAAGUAGAUGAAGUACAAGCAUUCCACGAGGAUCUGAAUGGCCGUCAGUACAUUAAUGAGGUGUAUAAAUUCAGUGUUGAUAAGCUGUAUGGCAUUCUCUUCACCGAGUCCCAGUUCAUGACAGACUUUAUGGAGCAGAGGAGAUUCACAGAUGUGGUGUAUCACCCCUGGAAAAAGGAGAAUGCUGGAAACCAAACGAGGGAGAUCAUGUACACUAUCUCCCUGACCAACCCACUGGCCCCCAAAACAGCUACUGUUUCUGAGACUCAGACCCUAUAUAAGGCCAGCCAAGAGAGUGAGUGCUAUAUCAUUGAUGCGGAGGUCAUUACUCAUGAUGUACCAUAUCAUGACUACUUCUACACCCUAAACCGCUACAUGCUAACACGCGUGGCAAAGAACAAGUGCCGGCUGAGAGUUUCUACAGAGCUCAGGUUCAGGAAACAGCCAUGGGGGUUGGUAAAGGGCUUCAUUGAGAAGAACUUCUGGAGUGGACUAGAUGAUAACUUUAAAAGCCUUGAGCUGGAGUUGGCAAAGAUGGAGGAUGCUAUAAUAGAAACCCAUAGACCAUCUCCUAAAACUAAAGCAGUAAAGAACUCCACCAUGAGGCGGAGAAAAAGACCCCUCACCCAUCUCCGCGUGAUCCAUCAUGAUGAAACCCUCAGCCCUGUUACUACACCAACAGACGAGGAGGUCAUCCAAUGCAUUAGACACGUAGCAGGUUCCACUCAGACAAGACACAUUCCCGAGCACAUCUCAGGGGGUGGGAUUUUCUGCAACAUCUCCAAACCAUUACUCAUCAUCAGCUUUGUUCUGAUGCUGCUGAUCUUUCUGAAUAUGAUGCUGUUCUAUAAACUCUGGAUGCUGGAGUACUCUACUCAGAGCCUCACCAGCUGGCAGGGUUUAUGCCUGCAUGAAAGCAGUAAACUACCGCAGACACAGAUGGAAUGGAUGGAGCUCCUUCAGUCCCAGCAGCGAUACCAUGAUGCAGAGCUGCAGAAAUGGAGAGACAUUAUCAAAUCAUCAGUAUUGUUAUUGGAUCAGAUGAAGGACUCCUUGCUGAGCCUACAGAAGGGCCUGGGUUUGCGAGAUUAUAACUCUGACUCAGAAGAAAAGAGGAGUCGAUAUUACUGACAAUUACCCUCCAGGCCACCUGGGAGCACUGUGCAAUGUAGAGCCAUGUAUGUGAGUUAGUGUCUACAGAUGUGUAUACUACACCAGGAAAGGCAAAAAACAAAGAGCCCAUCUGUGUGUGUAUGACUAUGCAUGCCAAACAAACAAUACCAGCGAUACCAGAAGAACACAUGGACCAUCUGGCGACGCUAGUGACAGUCAAUACUUUGGGCCCACCCUAGAUCGUGAAAGGAAACAGGAAUGUUGCAGUCCAAGUUCGCAAACAUGGGCCAUCACUGUUCCAGCAUUUCCUUUUAGAUUCACUUUUAGAGGAUGUGUUACUAAAUGCUUUGGCUAGAGGAAUGGAAAAAGCAAUGUACUGAGGAGGAAUGCAAUGAAAAUCAAGAGCAUGUUGUUUUAUAUUCGAAUCCUCUCAGUCCUCCUUUCUUUUGAAGUGGUUUUCAUUUUAUUGGUUUAUUGGUGCACAGAUGAGGAAAUAUUAGGCAUUUUAGUCAGUAGGGCGUGGUUUCCCUGGUUUGACCUGUAAAGGUAAAGCUGCCAUGUCCCUUUUCCUAUUUGCGAGACCUUUUCCAAGACAUUAAGAAAUCUAGUUCACCAAUGCUGUAGUAUCAGGGCUGGUUUCCUUGAUAAUUCUGUGCUAGAAGGUUUCGUGUUGCAAUUGACUGCAUUAUUCAACGCAUCAAAGUGCAUAUGGCAGUUUCUGCAAAAGGGCCACUGGCCUAAUCACAAACCUUACAUUUCUGUGAAGUGUACAUUAUUUAGUUGUGAUGUGUUAUGCUGGAAUUACAUCAUAACAGGCCAGUGAAUGACUGUGAAAAGGGACAGCGCAGCCAGGAAGAUGGAUGAAUUUUAUGACCAGAUUUAUUUAAAGAUGUUAAAAGAAAUAUAUGAAAAUGUUUGAAAAAUAUACUUUAUUCAAAAUGUAAUAUACAUUUCAAAAUCUAAAUAUAGAGAUCAUUGCAGAUAUUUAUUGUUAAUUUAUGUACAUAGACACUUAUCAAAGCACUAGACAGGCUAAAGAGUUUAUAAUUAUUAAAUCUGUGAUUUCUUCGAAAACAAGCACAAACACGUUUGAGACGUGUGUGUGUGUGUGUGUGUGUGUGUGUAUGUGUGGCCGUGUAUUUAUCACUUUGUGGGGACCAAAUGUCCCCAUAAGGAUAGUAAAACCCGAAAUGUUUGACCUUGUGGGGACAUUUUGUCGGUCCCCAUGAGGAAAACAGCUUAUAAAUCAUACUAAAUUAUGUUUUUUGAAAAUGUAAAAAUGCAGAAAGUUUUCUGUGAGGGUUAGGUUUAGGGGUAGGGUUAGGUUUAGGGGAUAGAAUAUAAAGUUUGUACAGUAUAAAAACCAUUAUGUCUAUGGAAAGU